AUGAACUCUUUCAUCCUUUCCGCAAGCUUGCUUGCUUCCCUGGCCUCCGCCUACACUCAGGUCAAUGUUGCAUCGCCGUUUAUGCAGAAGAACAUUGACCCAAUCGUCUUUCCGGGCUCUUUCACCAAAUCUCAUUUGCACUCGUUCUACGGCUCCGACGCCGUCACCGCGUCGACCAACAAAUCGGCUGUCCUACAAAGUGGCUGCACAGCUGCGGAUAACGCCAAUGACCUGAGUGUGUAUUGGGUACCGACAGUCUUAUCCACUGCAGAUGGAGGGAAGACAUACGCCCCAGUCCCUGUGGCACGGUUCAGCGCAUACUACAAUCUUGGCGAAACACCAGCGGAAGUAGCCAUCCCACAAGACUUGCAAAUGGUUGCUGGCGAUGCUUCAGCCAUGACCAAGGACAAGAUGAUCGCAUCUGCACAGUCUGAAUGGUUCUGCGAAAACGAUCCAGCCAGCCCACUGGAUGUCAAUGGUUUCCCCAGCAAAGGCUGCAGCAGCCACCUCCAACAACUCCUCUACUUCCCCCAAUGCGUAAACGAGAAGACUCUCGAGACGGGCUACAAAGACCGUCGCGGCGGUGCAUGCCCGGCUGGAAUGAAAUCCAUGCCUCAGCUGCGCUUCUCUAUUCGCUACGACUUGCGCAAAGCCCUGCCUAAGGGCUGGACCGGUACUGCACCCGUCAAGCUAGCCUGCGGACCGGCUUGGUGCAGCCACGGUGACUUCAUCAACGGCUGGACUCCUGAGUCGGCUACUAAUAUGAUUGCCACAACCAAGGAGAAGCAAAAGUUCGCCCUUGUAACUGGCAAGGCGCAGAAGAAGAACUGCACGCCCAAGGACGCGGACCCGAAGAACGGUGUCAGCGACUAUGCGGCCAGCGUCGCUGCGAUGGGCAAGGCGGUGAAGCGUAGCUGGGAGAUGAGCAGAGUGGCGAGGUUCGUGCAGAACUAAGCUUAGGAAGGAUGGAAGGAUUCUUUGUACAUAUUUUAUGAAUUUAUUGGGUAUUGCGGGAUGAUACCUGCAUAAUCGAA